GUAGACUUGCCAGGCAUCACUUUGGAGCAAGUGCGAAAAUUCAUGGCAACACGAACUUCUUUACAGUUAAGUUGGAGCUCUGUUUUUGUUGCUAUGGUAUGGCAACCGUUUCUUUUUUGCCCGCGGUAGCAUGUGCUUCCCACGUGUUGAUGGUGCUGCACUUUUGUUGGCUCAAGCACCGGGGCAAAAGUGCUCAAGCAACCACGUGACUCGCUUCCCAGAACGAACUUUGGAGAAUGUUGUGUGCCCCAAUGAAGGAUGCCAUGCACCUCUCGAGCGAUGAAACGGCCAGCACUGCUGUGUACUCCCAGGGGGAGCCGCAGGUCCCAACACCUCGCUCUGAUACUUCGGACCAGUGUGGGGACGACGCCACGUGCUGCUUGGUGAUCCGCAGCACGUUCUUCCAUUUGGAAACGGAGGAGGAGCCCUUGACCCGCCGCUUUCACAAGCUCCGGCGCCAUCGCACUGAGGGGCCUUGGCUUUGGGAGCCCAAAGCGGAGAAGGUCUAUGAGAUUCCAGCACCCACGCCGGCGGAGCCACCGGCGCCCGAGAUCGCGGUCGAGGAGGUGAAGAAGCCCAAGGAACGCACCACAGUGAUGUUGAGGAACUUGCCCAACAACUACACUCGCGAGAUGUUCCUACAAUUGCUUGAUGAGCAAGGGAUGAAGGGUCUCUACGACUUCGUGUACUUGCCAUGCGACUUCUACCGGGACGCCAAUUUGGGCUACGCUUUCGUGAACAUGGUCCAUGCCCAAGCGGUGGAGUUCUUGUGGAGGACCUUUCAUGGCUUCUCUGACUGGGCUUUGCCCACGGCCAAGGUGUGCGAGGUGCGCUGGAGUGGACCUCACCAGGGCUUGCGCGCGCACGUGGACCGCUACCGCAACAGCCCGGUGAUGCACAAGAGUGUGCCAGAUGAUUACAAGCCCAUGAUCUUCAAGGAUGGCGUCCGGAAAGCCUUCCCACGCCCCACCAAGAAGGUCAAGGCACCCUUUGAUCGUCGCUGGUGACUGCACUUGGGCCGCUUGGGUUGAAUGCCGGCACCAACGUGUUGGACGGCUUGAAUUCGUUCCGUCGCGAGGGACAACACGUGAGCGAAGCCAACUGGUUUGCCCCAUCCCAGAUGAAGCCGCCUUGCCCAUGGGCAUUUCCCACAGAUCCAUCACAAGACAUGUACAGUCGUGAAAGGUCACCUCUAGAAUUGAUGUCCGGCUAUGUCUUGCUUAUACGCAUUGCUUGUGGUGACACGUCGC